UACGAGGGUAUUGUCACCAGCGCGUACACGUGCUGCCCGUAGUUUUGUCUCGAUUUUCUGCUAUUGCGCGCUUGGUUUAUCUUGAUUUACGUGGUCGUUUCGACGGGUGCUGUCGGCACAUCAAAACAGAGUUAGCUGUAGUCUAUGAUUCGACCAACUUGGAUGGUUGUCUGCGUGAGGCUGCCACCCACUCGGAGAGUGGCCCAAUCCAUGUCUCGGCAUCAUAAUUUUACCGUGUCGUCCGCUCUACCUGCACCUCAGAUACCGCCAAAAUGAGCGACGUCGAUGGUGUUACCAUAAGGCCUCGGGACCCUGCCAAUGCUGGUGCUGAUACUGGGUCUCCAUCGUUUGCAGAUUCAGCCCGUCGUUCCCGCACAAAGGCCUUUUCUCGAGACGGAGCCAUGAAACGCGACCGAAGCAGGGAGAGCCACGACGACUCUCGAGGCCGAGGCAGGCCCCAGCAUGGCCGUCGAGGUUAUGCUUCUAGUACACAACCUCGUCCACGGUCGUCAUCGUCUGGUUUUCGUUCUUCUAAAUAUCAGGGGGCUAGGGACAAAAAGCACCACGGGGAUGAAGCAUACCGCGAUGAUGGUGAACGUCGAGUAGACGAGAGGCGUCGCAGCAGAUCAUCUGACCAUCACGACCAUCAUUUUGAUGAUGUGAACCGAGGGAAGAAAUCCCCGACUCGAAAUUCUGUUGCUGAGUCAAGAAAGCGACGUGAUGAAACCCCAUCUCCUAGGCACCACCCUAAGCCCCACGAUUAUUCGGAAUAUGUCCGUGAUCGUUCAUUUUCUCCGCCCUCCAGAAAGCGACCUAGAAGCCGAAGCCCACUACCAUUCCCCUCCUCGCGCUCUAAAAGAUCGAAGCGCGACCGUGAUCGCGACCGCCGCCGUCGUCUGGAAAGAGAGGAGCGAUUUGAUCGAGAACAUGCAAAGGGGCACGGGUCUUCGAGGCCUGAUCACAUACUCUCCCCGUCUCGUAGGCCCUCCACCUCCCCGCGAUAUCGUCGAUACCCCGACCGAGGUGAUCAUCUGAACGAAACUCGUCCCCGACGUCGAAGCCGAUCUCCGCCUUGGGAGGCCAAUGUUGAUGAUCGCUCUACAAAACCUACCCGCCCGCUCAUCGAUUCUAAAUCUCGAGACUUUAGUCAUUCUCCACGGCCCACCUCCCGCCGUUCCUCAUUCUCUCAUACUUACUCGCCGAGCCGCUCAACGGGACGGCAUCCGCCUAGAGGCCCUUCAGAGGCUGGUGUGCAAUCUCGCCCAGGAUCUCCUUCCUUUGACCUCUCGAGGCCUGAUUAUCCUCCUCGCUCCCCUAAAGACCGCGGCUCUCGUCGUUCUCGAAAAAAGGCGAAGUAUCGCGACGAGCCUCGAAUUCCUUCAGGCGGGCCACUAGCCUCUGGCGCUAACAGUAUCGAAGUGAGCACAUUUCGAAGAACGGAUCGACGCGGUAGUUUCGAUGUAUCAGAGCCAUCAAGAGACACUGGCCCCAGACGCUUUGACGAUUUCCCGCAAGGACCAACGGCCCAGCAGGUUAACGCAGAUUCACCCCAUUAUAACUCUCCAGGCUCGCCUCAGCCUCUUGCGAUAGCUAAAUCAAACAAGAGUAUUGACACUCACUAUCCACAUAGAAGCCACCAAUCACGAGAUCGAAGUCAUGCCUUUCCAAAAGGCCCUGUGGGACGUCAGCGAUCCAGCCAAUCUCCGCCUCAUCCUCCAACCGGCCCUAUGGCCUUAACCAAUUCUCGUGGCCGCGGAUUCUCUAGAGGUGGUUUCCGAGGUGGAAUGUCUUCCGCUCGUGGUGGCUUCAAUGACUAUACUUCUGCAAAGCAUAACCAGUGGCCAGUAUCAAGUGACUCUAUUACGGAUGCAUUGGGCUCUCCUAGCCGCGAUUUGCCCGUCCAUUCUAGCGUAUCGAAUACCAAAGACGAAGACGAAGAGGAAGAUAAUAUCCCGAAGCAACCCCAAGAAAACCCAGCAGAUGAAGAAGUGUUCAAGGACGAUAAAUCCGCGUCUGGUCAAGAACCUUGCCCGCAACCGCCUCUCGUAGCACCUACGGGCCCUGCCGCAAACUCCAAGUUCAGCUUUGCAUUCAAAACCUCAACCAAAAACCCAGUCACUGCUCCAAAGCCAGAAAUAUCUCAAAAGUUUAGCGCUGCGCUCAAGAAGGAGACUCAACCUAUACUUGACGCUCGGGACCGAGACCUACCGAAAGACACUCCCAGGGAACCAGCAUCUGCACGAGCCCGAACCGAGUACCAUCAUAGCAGAGCCCCACCACCAGAGCAACCGCGGACUCGUAAAGUAAUGAAGACACGGAGAAAGCUAAAGCCAAAACCUCCACUAGAUGCCGAGCUUGCUCAGUCCACUUCCGUCUACUUUAGAAAGCCAGGUAACGAGUCUGUGGUUGGAUCAGGUACUUAUGGCAAAGUCUUCAAGGGAAAACAUGUUUACACCCAGAAACUGGUUGCAUUGAAGAGAAUUCGCAUGGAGGGAGAAAGAGACGGCUUCCCCGUUACCGCCAUGCGUGAAGUCAAGCUUCUCCAGUCACUGAGGCACGACAAUAUCGUGGAUUUACAUGAAGUAAUGAUUGAGAGGAAUGAAUGCUACAUGGUCUUCGAGUACCUCUCUCAUGACCUCACCGGGUUGCUCAAUCAUCCGACGUAUAAGCUUGAUGCAGCGCAGAAGAAGCAUCUAGCUAUGCAACUCUUUGAAGGGUUGGAUUACUUACACAAACGCGGCGUGCUGCACCGCGAUAUCAAAGCCGCAAAUAUUUUGGUUAGCAGCGAUGGUAUUCUAAAACUGGCUGAUUUCGGUUUAGCUCGUUUUUAUGCCAAACGACACCAGCUGGAUUAUACCAACCGUGUUAUCACUAUAUGGUAUCGAUCCCCUGAACUAUUGCUGGGCGAGACGCGCUACGGCGCGGCAGUCGAUAUAUGGAGCGCUGCGUGUGUUAUGGUGGAGAUCUUCACUCGUCAUGCUAUAUUCCCUGGCGACGGUGGUGAAAUAAGUCAGCUUGAAAAGAUCUACAAUGUACUCGGGACUCCUAAUCGGAAAGAGUGGCCUGGACUUGCAGAUACCCCUUGGUUUGAGCUUCUACGACCUGAUUAUCGAAAACCGAACGUAUUUGCGGACAAGUAUAGGGACAGAGUUCCCCCAGCCGCCUUCGAUCUCCUUGCAGAGAUGUUCAAGUACGAUCCAGCCAAACGGCCCUCGGCUGCUGGUGUCCUUGAGCACCCAUACUUUACUACGGAGCAGCCACCUCCUCGGCAAGCCGUCGAACUAAAAGAGAUCAAGGGGGAUUGGCAUGAAUUCGAAUCCAAGGCGCUUCGUCGUGAAAAAGAGAAGCAGGAAAAACAACAAAGAGAGGCGCGUCGCGCAGCAGCAUCUAGGGACGGCGGACAAGACAAAGAGAGAAAGAGACCGCCAUCGGGUUCUGAGGUUCACCCAGAAUCUAAGCGACCGCAUCUUGAAGGGCAGGUAUCUAGUCUCAGCGGUGAGCCAAGCUCAACAGCGCUGCCACCUGCCACGGAGAUUGCAGCUGAAUAGAUAACUGUUGGCUUUCUGCGAGGCAGUGGUUGAUAUAGGACUAGGCUAAAAGCACUGUAUUCAUAAUGAUAGCAUCAACAUCAGCAAAUAUAUAAUAUGUGAGUUUCAGUGUAUCCAGGUUUCCAUGAUACAAGGAAAGCCAAGGAGUUCUCGUUGGUAUUCCCCUCUAUACGCUGCGAAGCGUACAAUCCAUUUGUGUCUCCACCUACCUGAUUCUGUCGCCGUCAACGGGCUCAAAAACGUAAAGUUGAAAGACAC